AUGACGACAGAAUCCAUUACUGGUUCUACUGUUAAUGAGCAACGUUGGGUCAAUGAAACUAUAAGAGCUUUUACAUCAGAAUUGAGAGUUGAUAUUGAACCUACACCUUGUGUUUUUCAAGUUCCAAAAACACUUACUGAAACUAAGCCUCAAGCUUAUACCCCUCAGAUAAUAAGCCUCGGACCAUACCAUCACUUCUGGCCGGAGUUAUUAGUCACUGAGAGGCACAAGCAAACCAUAGCCAAAAAUUGCUUGAAUGAUCACCAGGUCCAACAUUUUGCUGAAGAAGUUAUCGAUAAGUUGUGCUCAGUCGUGCCAGUCAUUCGUGGGUACUAUGAUAAGUACUCGGAUAUUGAAGGCAUCACAUUAGCAUGGAUAUUGGCCAUUGAUUCUCUCUACCUGUUGCAUUUAUUGAGCAGUUAUGUUCCAGGUGAUCAAGAAGUUCAUGCUGUACAAAGAAAGUUGGCUCAAGAUGUUAUGAUGCUAGAGAAUCAAAUCCCAUCGUUUGUGCUGAUUGAAACCCAAAAGGCUAUCAAUCAAUCUUAUAGCAAUUUAUUUACAGAGUUGUUCUACAACUUCUGUAAGGCACAUUCUCCCCUCAAACUGGCAGAUCCAAACAUAAUCCAUAGCUUCAAUAGUCCCCAUUUGCUGGCUUUUUUGCACCAUUUGAUCAUCGAAUCAGGUAUGUUAUAUUGGUUGGAAAAACAAAGUGGCAGCCUCGUGCCGACUCUUGGUAAUCCCGGCCUUGUAUGUUUCAUUACUGGUUUGCCAUGGGAUCUCAUCAAAGUUUUGUCUAAGAAUAUGGACAGCAAAAAGAAGCCUUUAGUAGAUGAGAUUAAAACCCCAUCAGUGACACAACUAAACGAAACUGCUAAAAUAAAUUUUAAGCUCACAGGAGGCAUCAGGAAUAUUAAAUUUGUCAAGGAAGGUGGUGAACACGCGUUGUAUCUUCCUGAGAUCACUUUGAAUUCUGAUUCUGAAGUGAUAUUGAGAAACUUAGUAGCAUAUGAAGCAGUUGUUGCUGGUCAAGAUGGGGCACUUAAGGUGGCGGAAUAUUUGGAUUUGAUGUGUGGAAUUGUGAACACAUCGAAGGAUGUGGAAAUACUCAAGAAAUCAGGGAUUAUAAAAGGAAGUUUGAGUGAUGAGGAAAUUGCUGAUCUCUUCAAUGGACUACCUAAAACAACUGGAAAUCAUAAGGUGAAGUCUAGAUUAGCAAGGAUCAUAGAGUCGGUAAACGAGAAAUAUGAUAAUAUGUUAAGAAUCAAGGCUCAAAGAUUGAUCAAGAAGCAUAUUUUUAAAUUUCGAAAGUCUCUUACGGUCAUUACAACCCUAGUUCUCGUAUUGCUGCUUUCUAUGCAAACAGUUUGCCAGUACUAUGGCUGCGGCAAUCAUUAG